GAGAGAGAGAGAGAGAGAGAGAGAUGCGCUGCCUCCUGCGUGACGCCACUGCCCGGGCGCGAUCCGGGGACUGUGUGCCCGCGCCGCCGCCGUCAACCCCUCCCAACGUCGUUUAGAUGGCUCCCACAUUCGGGGUGCACUCGGAAAACAGGUGUCAGGGAAGUGUCGUCACGACGAACCCCGGAAGCCAGAGGAGCAGGAGCAGCAGGAGGAGGAGGAGGAGGGAGGAGGAGGAGGAGGGAACAUCGGAGAGAGGGGGAAGAAGAUGGCAGCGAAAUCGGAUGGUGGUCGCGGGGUGGUCACCGGCUUCGCCCAGCUGCACAACCUGGACGAGGUGGUGGGUGAGGACGACCUGCGGCGGGACGGCAGCUCCUUCCACAUCUGCCACUGCUGCAACACCUCGUCGUGCUACUGGGGCUGCCGGAGCGCCUGCCUGCAUUACCUCCGGGGGAAGGGGAAGGGGGGCGACGCGCCGGGCCAGACGCCCCAGCCGCCGCCGCCGCCGCAGCAGCGCCUGUGGCUGGACUGCCUGUGGAUCGUCCUGGCGCUCUUGGUCUUCUUCUGGGACGUCGGCACCGACUUGUGGCUCGCCGUCGACUACUACCACCAGCGGAACUUUUUGUGGUCGGGCCUGACGCUGUUCUUCGUGUUGGUGCCCUCGGUGCUGGUCCAGAUCCUGAGCUUCAGGUGGUUCGUGCAGGAUUACACGGGCGGGGGACUGGGCUCCGUGGAGGGGCUGAGCCGGCGGGCCACGGCAAGUCUCCAGAGGGACCGCUGCUGCCUUCUCUCCGUCUGGGUCUGGCAGAGCUUCAUCCACAUCUUUCAGAUGGGACAAGUGUGGAGGUACAUUCGCACCAUGUACCUCGGCAUACAAAGCCACCGGCAGAAGGAGAACCAGAGGCGCUUCUACUGGGCCAUGAUGUACGAAUAUGCAGACGUCAACAUGCUUCGGCUGCUGGAGACCUUCCUGGAGAGCGCUCCUCAGCUGGUUCUGCAGCUCUGCAUCAUGAUCCAGAGCAACAAGGCUGAGCGUCUGCAGUGUGUAUGUGCCGUGUCCUCCCUCCUGUCCCUGGCCUGGGUGCUGGCCUCCUACCACAAGCUGCUCCGAGACUCCCGGGACGACCAGAAGAGCAUGAGCUACCGCGGUGCCCUGGUGCACCUCUUCUGGCGCCUCUUUACCAUCUCCUCGCGGGUGCUGUCCUUUGCCCUGUUCGCCUCGGUGUUCCACAUCUACUUUGGGAUCUUCGUCGUGGUCCACUGGUGCGCUAUGGCCUUCUGGGUGGUGCACGGCGGCACCCACUUCUGUAUGUCCAAGUGGGAGGAGGUGCUGUUCAACAUGGUGGUGGCCGUGGUCUACGUCUUCUGCUGGUUCAACGUGCGCGAGGGACGGACGCGGCUCCGCAUGGUGGCCUACUACACGCUGGUGCUGCUGGAGAAUGCCGUGCUCAGCACCCUGUGGUACGCGUACCGCGACCCCACCACCACUGACGCCUACGCCUCCUCCGCCCUCUGCGGCGUCUUCCUGUGCUUCGCCUCGGGCGUGGCCUGCAUGGUCCUCUACUACGGGGUGCUGCACCCCAUGGGCCCACGGCUGAGGGUGCUGGCCAGCUCCUGCUGCGCUGAGCUGCUGUGGGGGCUGCCCUUGCCCCCCGAGGCCGAGCCCAUGGCGCCCACCCCGGGGCCGCGCCACGGGUCCCAGGCCACGCCCACACGGGGCCUGGCGGGGGAGUACUCCGAGUCGGACGAGUCGGCCGCCGACACCUGUCUGCCGGUGUUCCAGGUGAGGUCCACGGAGCCAGUGGACGCGGCCGGCCGGCCCAUCCAGCUGGAGGGGCCCCUCAUCAAGAUAGACAUGCCCAGGAAGAGGUACCCGGCCUGGGAUGCGCACUUUGUGGAUCGCCGCCUGCGCAGGACCAUAAAUGUGCUGCAGUACAUAAGCCCCAAUGCGGUGGGCAUCAGGUAUAGGGACGGCCCACUACUGUAUGAACUCCUGCAGUACGAGUCGUCUCUCUGAAGGCAUUCUGUCUCUCACUCUCUGUCUCUCCAACAGCGCGCUCAACCAUGUGGUCAGACACACACAC